GCGACGCUGCCGUUGCCGGGAACUGAUUCCCGGCGGCGGAGACGAUGCCUCAGCGGGGCGGCGAGCUGCCCCCGUCCAAGAGGCCGAAGCUGGCGUCCGCCGCGGCGCCCUUCGGCUCGAGCUUCCGCAGAGCGAUGCUGGUGAUGCCGCCGCCAGCGCCCGGAGGAGGCAAGCGGCAGCCUCCUCCCGCCUCGGGGGUCGAGAGCCAGCGCCGCAGCCUGCCCAUCUUCCAGGCGCGAGGGACGCUGCUCGGCCAGCUGCGCAGCCUCGACCGCGCCAUCCUCAUCGGGGAAACAGGUUCAGGGAAGACAACUCAGAUCCCUCAGUACCUCUACGAAGGGGGGAUUGGACGCCAGGGCGUUAUUGCUGUGACUCAGCCACGACGUGUUGCCGCCAUCUCCUUGGCUACUCGAGUCUCGGAUGAGAAGAAAACAGAAUUGGGGAAACUGGUCGGCUACACAGUUCGCUUUGAGGAUCUCACUUCUGAUGAGACGAAAAUCAAGUUCCUGACGGACGGGAUGCUGCUCCGUGAAGCCAUCGGGGACCCUCUCCUACACAAGUACAGCGUUGUCGUUUUGGACGAAGCGCACGAGAGGACAAUCCACACGGAUGUGCUCUUUGGGGUGGUGAAAGCGGCACAGAAGAAGCGGAAAGACUUGGGGAAAUUGCCGCUAAAAGUGAUUGUUAUGUCGGCUACCAUGGAUGUUGACCAGUUCUCCCAGUACUUUAAUGGAGCACCUGUCUUGUACCUGGAAGGCCGGCAACAUCCCAUCCAGAUCUUCUAUGCCAAACAACCUCAGAGCGAUUACCUCCAGGCUGCGUUAGUGACAAUCUUCCAGAUCCAUCAGGAAACACCAUCUUCUCAGGACAUCUUGGUGUUUCUGACGGGUCAGGAAGAGAUCGAAGCCAUGACUAAAACUUGUCGUGACAUCGCAAAACAUCUUCCCGAUGGCUGCGCACCGAUGGUGGUCAUGCCUCUGUAUGCUUCCCUGCCCUACUCCCAACAGUUCCGAGUCUUCCAGGCCGCACCCAAGGGCUAUCGCAAAGUGAUUCUCUCAACAAACAUCGCUGAGACCUCCAUCACCAUUGCAGGCAUAAAAUACGUUGUGGACACAGGCAUGGUGAAAGCAAAGAAGUACACUCCUGAAAGUGGGCUUGAAGUGCUGGCAGUCCAGAGAGUGUCAAAGGCACAGGCCUGGCAGCGGGCAGGCCGAGCCGGAAGAGAGGACAGCGGACUUUGCUACCGCCUGUACACGGAAGACGAGUUUGAGAAGUUUGACAAAAUGACGGUGCCCGAAAUACAAAGGUGUAACCUGGCCAGCGUGAUGCUUCACCUCCUGGCUCUGAGGAUUCCGAACAUUCUCACCUUUGACUUUAUGUCCAAACCUUCUCCAGAGGCCAUUCAAGCAGCUAUCGAGCAGCUGGCCCUCUUGGGAGCGGUGGAAAGAAAAGACGACCAGCUCAUCCUCACCGCACUGGGAAGGAAGAUGGCGGCAUUUCCUCUGGAACCCAAGUUCUCCAAAACCAUCCUGCUGUCCCCUAGGUUUCACUGCUCAGAGGAGAUCUUGACCAUCGUCUCACUGCUGUCCGUGGACAGCGUUCUCUACAACCCCCCAUCUCGUCGGGAUGAAGUUCAGACCGUCCGCAAAAAGUUUAUCUCCAGCGAAGGGGACCACAUCACGUUGCUCAACAUCUACCGAGCCUUCAAAAAUAUCAGUGGCAAUCGGGAAUGGUGUAAAGAAAACUUUGUGAAUGGCCGGAACAUGAUGCUGGUUUCUGACAUAAGAGCUCAGCUGCGAGAUAUUUGCUUGAAGCUUUCGAUACCGCUGGAAUCUUCCCGAUCUGACACGGGAAACAUCCGCCGCUGCCUGGCUUACAGCCUCUUCAUGAACACGGCCGAGCUGCAGCCGGAUGGGACCUACGCCACUACGGACACCCACCAGCCGGUGGCCAUCCACCCUUCCUCCGUCCUCUUCCACUGCAAGCCAGCUUGUGUCACAUACAAUGAACUGCUCCACACCAACAAGUGCUACAUGCGGGACCUUUGCGUGGUGGAUGCUGAUUGGCUGUAUGACGCUGCCCCCGAAUAUUUCCGCCGGAAGCUCAGAGCAGCCAAGAACUGAUGCUAGGGAAUGCAAAGCAUGGAAGACGAAUUUGGGGUCUGAAUUUUGGGUAACCCAACAUACAGGAACUCUGCUGUGCCAAUCAGGUACCCACUAACGAGUGUGGGUUCUUCAGCGAUUGGACCUCGUGACUUUCCAGAUAGCCUAGGCAGCUUUGCACUGUGUAAAUGAGCACCUCUAGCCCAUUGUAUUUUCCAAAAUGGAUAUUUGUGCAGGCAAGUGGCGCAAGGUGGUAAACUACCCCUUGAUGGAAGCAGCUAUCCACAUGAACGGCAGUGUUCUUUGAGUAAUGAUCCUUUGUUGAUACUCCAGGAGUGUGUUUUAUAGUGCAGUCCCUAACAGAAUUACACCCUUCCAAGCCUAUUGACAUAGAAUGGUGUCACUCAGUUUAGGAUUGCACUGUUAAGAUAUCUUACCUUUUCCUUUGAAGAAGAAAAGAGGACCGGCAUUUCUCCAAACAAAGAGACAAGAACCCAUAGUUGAUAGGGGUUUGUGUAUGUAUGUGACGGCCAUUUCUCAGGCUUGGCCAACAACUGUAUUUUAAGUUUCUAUGUGAUAGUAACAGGAAUUAAAAAGGAGUCCAGGGAUACCUUAGCAACUAACAUAAUUUAUUCCUGCACCAGUUUUUGUUGGUUAUUAUAACUAAAAAUGUUUUUAGGUGUUAAGGUGC